CGGCCGGGCGUGGGGGGCAGUGCGGGUCGCCGCCGGGAGCCAUGGGCCAGGAGUUGCCGUGGCUCAACCACUCCGGCAGCCCACGGGCGGCAGGCAGCGCUUGUACGGGGGACGGGCAGCGUGGAGGGCCCUUCGCAGCCGCCACCGCCGCGCUGCUGGCGGCUUUCAUGGGGCUGCUGGUGCUGGCCCCCGUGCUGGGCAAUGCCCUGGUCAUUCUGGCUUUCCUGGUGGACCGGAGCCUCCGUAAACAGGGCAACUUCUUCUUCCUUAACCUGGCCAUCGCCGACCUCCUGGUGGGCGGCUUCUGCAUCCCACUGUACAUCCCCUACGUGCUGACGGGCGAGUGGAGACUCGGCAGGGGCUUGGGUAAGCUGUGGCUGGUGGUAGACUACCUGGUGUGCACCGCCUCAGUCUUCAACAUCGUCCUCAUCAGCUUCGACGGGUCCAUCUCAGUCACCAGAGCGGUCAGUUACUGGGCUCAGAAGGGGAUGACCAGAAAUGCAGUGCUGAAGAUGAUCACUGUAUGGAUUGCUGCUUUUCUUCUCUACGGUCCAGCCAUUCUGAGUUGGGAGCACAUUGCCCAAAAGAGCAUUCUCCCUGAAAGAGAAUGUCAUGCAGAAUUCUUCUACAACUGGUAUUUCCUAAUGAUUGCCUCUACUAUUGAAUUCUUUACACCUUUCAUCACUGUUACAUACUUAAGUAUUUACCUCAACAUCAGGAAAUGCACAUCCCUGAGGAAAGAAAACCUACCACCUCUUCAAGAGGACUGUGAAAUGAGUUUCCCAGGGGAAAAAAGGGAACACACUAUAUUUUUUGUAAAAUCUGCUGACAGACACAAACAUGAGAAGAGAGCUAGUAGCUUUUCUCCCCACAAAAAGGCUUCAAGGGUUAGCGAACAUAUGCAUGGCAAUCAGUCACAAAAUCUGAAUGUCAGUGAAGACCUUCCACCACUCCAGGUGGAAGUCGAGACCAAGCCUCAUAGGAGUGGUUUCUACAAAACUACAGAAGGCAUAUACAGCACUAUCAGCAGAGUGGACACGGCUGACACCAUGGCAAACAGAUUUAGACUUUCCGGGGAUAAAAGAGUAGCAAAGUCUUUAGCAAUUAUUGUAUGUGUGUUUGGUUGGUGUUGGGCCCCAUAUACACUUUUGAUGAUCAUCAGAGCAGCUUGCCAUGGCCACUGUGUGCAGUAUUCACUCUAUGAGACCUCAUUUUGGCUUCUGUGGGUGAACUCAGCCAUUAACCCUGUUCUAUACCCUCUGUGUCACAUGAACUUCAGGAGAGCCUUUAUAAAACUCCUGUGUCCGGGAAAAGCCAAAAUUCAUCCUCAUAUUUUUAUGUGAAAAGCGUGAAGUAUCUUCCUUUCAGUGGGAGCAUGAACUGGCUAAUACUGAUCUGCAAAUACUACAAUCAUCCACAUAGCUGGAGAAAUCACAGCAAUGAAGAGAAAGAUAAUUUCUCAAAGCUCUUUGGGAAUUAUGCCGACAGUAUAUUUUCUGGUAAUGGUGCACUAGCAUUACAGUACUGAAAAGGGAAUACAACAUUUAUGGCCAGUAAUAAAAGUUCAGGCUCUUUCACUUUUCAUGAUUGUAAAUCCUGUUGGUAAGGAAUUUCAUAAAGUCUUAACCUUGAACCUGUUACAUUUUACCCCCAAACCCACUCUAAGAUACCAAGGGUCUCAGCUGUUAAAUGUAGGAUGCUUUUCCCUCCAUUUAGUGACAAGCCAGAUGAGAUCAUGACCAAUGCAAAAAACUAAAUACUGGUGUCUAGGAAAAGCAUGGAACAAGAGGAAACCGGACUGGUCAGGUUAACAGAGCAGCUGAUCAAUUGUAGCAGGUAAGACAGCACUGAUUUCAGUGGAAAAGGUGACUAAGAAUUGUAGAACUA